UUCCUUCUCUCUAGAUCCCUACAAAGUGUGUUCCCCUUCACAGUUUGAGUAGAACCCAUGGCUGCCACAUACCUGGAAGGAGAGGCAGUGAAGGAAACGAGAGCGUUGAUAUCAGAACUUUGUCGCCACUUCUAUUCCCUUGGAUGGGUCUCUGGAACUGGUGGCAGCAUCACCAUCAAAGUCCAUGAUCCCUCCAUUCCCAAACCCCACCAACUCAUUCUCAUGUCCCCUUCAGGUGUUCAGAAGGAAAGAAUGGAGCCAGAGGACAUGUAUGUGUUAUCCCACAAUGGAACAGUCUUGUCUGCACCAUCUCCCAAACCGUACCCUCAAAAACCUCCCAAGUGCUCUGAUUGUGGUCCACUUUUCAUGAAGGCAUAUGAAAUGUGUGAUGCUGGGGCGGUUAUCCACAGUCAUGGAAUAGAAUCUUGUCUUGUAACAAUGCUCAAUCCUUUAGCAAAGGAAUUUCGAAUUACUCACAUGGAAAUGAUAAAAGGAAUCAAGGGGCAUGGUUAUUAUGAUGAACUUGUGGUCCCCAUUAUAGAGAACACAGCCUACGAAUAUGAGCUCACAGAAUCUCUAGCUAAAGCUAUUGAAGCCUACCCUAAAACUACUGCUGUACUUGUACGCAACCAUGGAAUAUAUGUUUGGGGAGACUCAUGGAUCAGUGCUAAAACUCAGGCUGAGUGUUAUCAUUACCUCUUUGAAGCUGCUAUCAAACUUCACCAACUAGGAUUGGACUGGUCUACUCCAAAUCAUGGCCCAAUACAUAGUAUUAGAAGUCUAAGGUUUGCUGGGGAGUCAAAUGCGUCGGAUAAGACAAGGAAGGCUAAUGGUGAAAUUAAUCCAUUUCCAUGUUGCAUUGUUCUUGACAUUGAAGGAACUACUACUCCCAUAUCAUUUGUUACGGAAGUUCUCUUCCCAUAUGCACGUCAAAAUGUUGGGAGGCAUCUAUCUGUGACGUAUGAAACUCCUGAUACCCAAGCUGAUAUCAAGUUGCUUCGCCAACAAGUUCAAAGCGACCUUGAACAAGGGAUUGCAGGUGCUGUGCCUGUUCCCCCUGAUGAUUCUGGGAAAGAAGAAGUAAUUGCUGCACUAGUAACUAAUGUAGAAGCUAUGAUUAAAGCAGAUAGAAAGAUCACUGCCUUGAAAGAGUUGCAGGGUCACAUGUGGCGCACCGGUUACGAGAAUAAUGAAUUGAAGGGAGUAGUUUUUGAUGAUGUGCCAGAAGCUCUAGAAAAGUGGCAUGCCUUGGGCAAAAAGGUAUACAUAUAUUCUAGUGGUAGCAGGUUGGCACAAAGGCUAAUAUUUGGACAUACAAACCAUGGGGACCUAAGAAAAUAUUUAUCUGGUUUUUUUGACACCACAGUGGGGAACAAAAGAGAGACACGCAGUUAUGUUGAAAUUUCUGAGUCUCUUGGUGUUGAUAAGCCAUCAGAUAUUUUAUUUGUCACUGAUGUUUAUCAAGAAGCUACAGCUGCUAAGGCAGCAGGCUUGGAGGUGAUAAUUUCUAUUCGACCUGGAAAUGCACCUCUACCGGAAAAUCACGGCUUCAAGAUAAUCAGUUCCUUCUCUGAGAUCUGAGAGUAGAUGCAGUCAUUUGGGACUGUUGAAUGGGAAAUGAUAGCUACAUACAUACAUUGUAACUUCCAUUCUGAAAUGAAAUAUAUUGCCGGAUUUAACCCAAGUUGCAGUUUAUCUUGCCUUGUUUUUAUAAUUUUGACUUGGUAAAAAUCUGGGGCAUGAUUGAUGGAAAUUUGGUUUUUUUA